GCAAGCUGCUUUGACCGGAAACAAACUUCGUGUGCCAUGGAGACGUCUAUCCGAACGAGUGAUGCUUGAGCACGUGGUGCUGGUGGCUAUUCUCAAUGCGGCUCUUUCGCAUACCUUGGAGAGCCAUGUCACAGAGGCGGAGGUACGGAGGCAGCCGCUGAUGCGGCGCCACAGUGCCAUCAUCUCGCCCGCAGGGGUAAUCUCGCCGGAGGUGGAGUUUCCUCAGACCUGGCCCUCGCCGGUGGCCUCGACGGGUUCGGCCUUGGAGCAGGCACGCCAGCCGCUGGCCAAAGGCCCCGCGAUGCCAUCGCUGUGGCUGGGGCUGGGCCUCAGUUCUGUGGGGGUCCUGGCAACGCUCAGCCUCCUGCGGGUCCGGCGGGUGGACAUCGCCUCGGAGGAGAGCCUGCCGCCGCGGCCGGGGUCCGUGAGCUCCAGCUUGCAGAUGCUGGGCAUCACCAGCUUGAACGUAGCCUACGGUGCUAUGAUCUCCACCAUGGCCAUCUUCGUGUUGCCCAAGGAGGCUGAGCACUUCUUCCCGCGCCAGUCUUCUCUGGGCCUCGGCCUGCUGGAGCUUCUGGGGGCCUUUAGUUUGCUCUGCGGACCGGUGGCGGGCCAGAUGUCAGAUCGCCAGAAGCAUCCGCUGGGGCGGCGGCGACCAAUGGUACUGGUGGCUUCUCAGCUUGCUGUGGCCAGUACAAUUGGAUGUUGGCUGGCGUCACUAUACGGCUAUCCAGUGGCCUUUUCCGUGUGCCUCCUGGUUCAACAGAUUGCGUGGAACUGUGCCCAUGCGGCGCACAACGCGCUGCUUUCCGACAUCAUCCACCCCACCUGCACUGGCUUGGCUUCCUCGCUCCAGACCAUCAGCCUGCUGGUGGGCGGUAUGGUGGGCAUGCUGGCUUUUCAAGGCUUGACGCAGCAAGGGCUCCACCACAGCUACGUCUACGGAGUGCAGGCUGCAUUGACUUACCUCUUCCUUCCCUUGGUGCACCUGACAGCACGGGAGGCGAGCAGCCAGGCGAUGCUGCUGCCCAGCGACCCUGUGUCUAUGAGCACAGUCUUCCGCAUGGGCGAGGACAAAAGCCCGGACUUUGUGCUGGUGAUGUGGGAGCGGGGUGUGUACUACGUCGCCUCCGGCGCCAAGAGCUUCCUCCUCUUCUUCGCCAGGGAUACGCUGAACGUGACCAGCGUGGCGGAUCAGGCGUUGCUGUUGGCCCAGGCCUCCGUGGCCAUGGUGGGCACGGCGGCCCUGGGCGGGCUGCUGUCCUCCGUGCUCUUCACCCGGACCUCCAUCCAGCCCCAGAAGGUGGCCUGCGCGGGCUCGGUGAUCCUGGCGGUGGCCUGUCAGUUCUGGGUGUGCCCCUACUUCGAGGCCAAGAGCAAGGCGGCGCUGCUGGGCUUCUUUACCGUCUACGGCUUCGGGAAGGGCUGCUACAUGUCGGCGGACCUGGCGCUGGCUAUCGACACUAUGCCGGACCCGGACGAGGCGUCCAGGUACCUGGGUCUAUGGGGGGUGUCCGCCUUCCUGGGUGCGGGGCUGGGGGGCUUCGCCAUGUCCCUGAUGCUGGAGGUCUUCGGAAAGAUGCUGCCCGAGUCCUAUGGCACAAAAGUGAAGAAUGGCACCUACUGCAUCCAGGGCUAUGUGACGCUUUUGUUGGCCUGCACGGGGUGCCAUUUGUACGUGGCCCACUUGUGCCUGCGCAUCCGUACCCGGCGCCAGUACGAGCAGCAGAACCGUUCUGCCUCAGAGCGGAAGACCAACGCCUUCUUGGUGUCCACGCCGCCCAACGACAAGGAACGGUGGAGCGAGGAUUCGAAGCCGGAGGACACAUCCAAUGCCGUGGAUGGCUGAUGGGUUAUGGCCUAGGCCAAGAAGCUGCGAUUGCCAUAUCGAU